AUCAUCUCUGACUAGGCUCGAUCCCUCUCUCAAGUGUCCAUGUCUUUUGCUCAUGACGACGUCAUUGCUCACCUCGUCACUGGUCUCUUACCAGAAUGACGGCAACGGCAUGUGACCCCUCGGAUUUGAGGAGCUUCAUAAAGCGACGUUGUUCCUCUUCACUCUGCCCUUCUGUUAGAACAAUUUACCAUCAGCCCCAAGAACUACGGAUAUUUGCAAUCUGAAGACAAUCCAGAAACCUAUCACAACCAGCGAAAUGACGACCCUCAAUUACUUGCCAUCCGUGAAGCCGUCCGCAAUCGCAGUCGGCGCUAUUUUCACGCACACUGCCUCACUUGGCAUUCUUGCCCCGGUCUUUGGUGAUACCUACCAUCGUGCCCAAGCUGCCAAUUCAAAGGAAGAGUUCUUCAAGUCUAAGGAGGCCGCUGGUGCUGCAGCUGCAUGGGGUAGCUCUCUGGUUGGAAGUGCUGUACAGACUUACGGCGUGGCGGCGUUGAUCAAUGCAACGGGAACCCUGAGUUACAAGGGUGCAGCCUAUCUGGGAAGUUUGAUCUUCAUGGCCAGUGCAGCUCCAAGUGUCAUCAGCCAGAUCUUCACAGAGAAACGGCCCCUCGACACAGUGGCAGUAGGCGCUGUCGGCAGGGUCUUUGAGACAGUAGGACUCAGUCUUUUCCUUACCUGGUGGGGUACGCGCACCAACCCUUUCGCCUGA